AUUCUGUAUUUUGUUGUUAAAUUAGAUGUAACGUUAGCUGCUACGAUAAAAAAAAGCGACCCGGAGUCUCGUCCAUGCUGGCCGGGCGGCUGUUAGCUAGCAGGGCCGCUAGGACCCCGCAGACACCGAAGCACACACGGGGCGGAGAAAGGUGAAGGUAACCUCAGAGGACUGAUCAGAGGUCAGUUUGGAAAAUUCCCCCAGCAAAGAUGAAGGAUGUAAGAGCGGUUUGGGAAGCCGAUUCCGGGUCGGUUUAUCCCUAAAGCUACGCAUUUUGAUACCGACGUUGACAGGAUAAACAUAGACGGCUAGGUGUCAGCUAGCAUACUCAGAGUUGACCUGUGCACCUUAUUGUAAUGAUCCGCAAGUUUGAGACUGUUCCCGUCACCCACACGAGUCCUUUUAGGUUGCUUCCAUGGCAGUUUGUUUGGGAUAGCGGCUCUCUGCGGCUCUGAUGAUCCGGAGCAGACGUCCAUCAUAAUCCGCAGCGUCAACAUCCGAGUCCCGCUCCUCGGGGUGGAGGUUACCGCCGACACACCGGCCUCAUCGGAUCCGCUAUGCAAGUAAACACAACGAGGGGCUUCCUGUGGUCGGACGUGGAGACCAGGACCUUGCUGAACAUUUGGGGGGAGCAGGACAUCCAAACGGCUCUGGAUGGAAACUUCAGGAACAGCUUCGUGUACCGCGACGUUUCCCGGCGGCUCGGAGCGAUGGGCUUCGAGAGGACGCCGGAGCAGUGCAGGGUGAGGAUCAAGAGCCUCAAGAGACAGUACCUGUUGGCCAAGGAGGGCAAUCUGCGCAACAACGGGCAGUACCACAAGAUCUGCAAGUUUUACGACACCAUGGAGAGGAUUCUGAGCAACCGACCGGCUCUGGACCCGCAGGAGUUAAUAGACGGCGGGGCUGGAGGGGAGGAGGAGGCCGGGGAUGGUCUGGAGGAGGAUGGAGAAGACGUCCAGGAUGGUUACUCUGAGGGCACAGGGGAGUGUCCUUAUCCUGCUGAGACUGAAGUGAAGCUGGAAUACCCAACUGUCCCCAUCCCCAUCCCUGUUAAAGUGACAGUGGGCAAUAAUAGUACGUCAGUAAGAUCACAUAACACCAACCACUCAGCCGGUAACUUGUCAGCCAGGGCACCUAAGCGGGCCAGGAAGAGGCGAGCUAACUUCCCCAUGGAAAAACUCAUGGAGCAGUUCCUGGAGCAGAGCGCCCAGGCCGAGGACAACUUCUACCGGAUGGAGGAGCAGCGUUUGCAGGCCGAAGACCACCGUCGUGAAGCUGAACACGCCAGAGAGCUGCACAUGCUGCAGAUGCUCGGCCAGAUGUUCUCCAGCAUCUCCUCCGCCAGGCCCAGCUCUGCAGCCGCCCCGUCUAAGCCGCCCACCCGGCCUCCGGUCAUCUCCAGCACCUCCCCAUCCUGCACACGUGGCCCGGCCGCUCACCUCAGACGGCCCUCACCCCAGACAGACUGUUUCACCCAACAGAGUCAGCCGUUGGGCACAGACCCUAAGGCUUUAGUGUUUGAUCGCUACUACAGUUUGGGCUCCACGUCACACAGAGGCAUGGACGAGGACAUCCUCUCGCUGGUAAAGAGCACAGUCCCUCCUCUGACAUCGAAAAAGCACAAGGGGCAAGAUGGACGUAUUGGGAUCAUUGGAGGAUGCCGAGAGUAUACUGGAGCUCCAUACUUUGCCGCCAUCUCUGCAUUGAAAGUGGGGGCCGACUUGUCUCACGUGUUCUGCACCAAAGACGCUGCAACUGUCAUCAAGUCAUACAGCCCUGAACUUAUAGUUCAUCCAGUUCUGGACAGCCCUAAUGCAGUGGAAGAAAUAGAAAAAUGGCUCCCAAGACUGCAUGGCCUUGUGGUGGGACCAGGUCUAGGGAGAGAAGAUUUGUUACUGAAAACAGCCAAGGAGGUGAUUGAGAAGUCCAAAGCCAGAGACAUCCCCAUCGUCAUUGAUGCAGACGGAUUAUGGCUAGUUACACAGCAGCCAUCUGUUAUUCAAGGGUACCAGAAGGGCAUCCUUACACCGAAUUUCAUGGAGUUCACAAGACUAUACGAGGCACUGCACCAUGAGCCCAUGGACAGCAGUGAUUACCAACGCAGCGUCUUGCAGCUCAGUGUGGCUAUGGGCAACCUCACUCUGGUGCUAAAAGGAGAGCAGGAUCUCAUUACAGACGGAAAUAAGGUGUAUUCAUGCAGUUUGGAGGGCAGUGGGAGAAGAUGCGGUGGACAGGGUGAUCUCCUCUCUGGAUCCAUGGGAGUGCUGGCACACUGGGCCCAUGCUGCUUCCACAGCAGGAAUGAUCCGAAGCAUGAAUCCGUCAGUGGUUGCAGCGUUCGGUGCCUGUUCCCUCACCAGACAGUGCAACAGUCAGGCGUUCCAGCGGCAUGGCAGGUCCACCACCACCACAGACAUGAUCCAGGAGAUCGGCUCAGCCUUCAAAAAGCUCUUUGAAAGCUGAAAAAAAAUCAAAAUUGUCGUAUGAAGCUAUAAAUGCCUAAAUUUGCAUUCUUAGCAUAGCCUUUUGGGUGGGCUAGAGGAAUGUGUUCUCAUUAAGCUCAGUCUGAAUGAAGGCCUUGAGCUUGGACUGUCCCUUCAAACAAAAAAACGCUCAAAAUGUGGCACAAAAAAUACACACUGACAUAUUGUUAGAUGUGUAUUAAAUGAAAAGCUAUGGAAAUAACUGUUAGGCCAGGUUAAGCACUUUUUUCUGCCUCUUCCUUUGUGAUUCUUGAUGCACUUUCUUGUUCAUAUCCCUCUUCAUUAUCCACUGAGAUGACUGUCAUCCUGUCACCUAAUUUAGUUUGGAUUAUCUGUUGACUUCACAUAUACAGCUCAUUCAAAAGAUAAUGGUGACUCAAAAAAUGUUUCAGUCAUCUAGUGUACAUUUUGAUAUUUUUGCAGUUUCCAUACAUUAUAUUCUAAGACAUAAUUUAUUACAAGAUGCAAAAACAUGCUACAAUUAUUUAACCACAGUGAUAAAAAUCACAAAUUUAGAAGGCCCAUUGUGUGGGACUUUGUUAAACGACAACAGCAGGUGGUCUAAUAAUUAUUUCCAAAGCCACAUGAAGAAAAGCAACAACGUGUAGAUUACAUUCACCAAACAUGUUGAGGUAUCGAGAUUCUUCACAGCCCACCAAAGAGACUGAGAUAAAUGGAGUCACACUAAACCAGUAUAAAUCUGUUUGAAUUUUGAAAUAAAGAAUAAAUGAAA